GACCCUGUGGCCAACUGACACUGUUAUUUUAGGAGAGCCCUGACUGUCUCGUUCACUGAAAACAUGACAACAUCAGCCUGGAAAAUCAAAGAAAUGGACUCUACAAUAACAGAAACAUCCAAGGUGUAAUUUUUGGAGUAUGUUUAUUUUAUUGUAGCAUUUGGAGACCGAGGACUGCUGGUUUUCACACAGAGAAGCGACGAUUCAGCUAAUUAAUGCUGGUAAUGUAUUUUUCACAGCACAUGUUUGCCUUCCUUUGACAACCAGAUAUGUCAUUUCCAUCACACGGACUAAUAAUGUUAACUGCAUGACACGGGGAGCUUUCAAACCCAUCGCAGACGUGGAAUAGCAGAAAAUUGCUCCCUUACGUUGCUGCAAUGGCUUCAGUCCUGAGCUGCUUCAGUGGCCCCGAGGUGUUGGAGGACACGAAUCACGCUCCGGGUUUAAUGCAAGAAUUAAAGUUGAUGUAUGACUGUCGGCUGCUCGGGGAUGUUACUAUCGGAGUUGAGUGUGAAGAGGAGAACACAGAAGCGUCCACCAGACGUGACAUCGACCAGCUUUUCCUGUGCAGCCGCAACGUCCUCGCAGCUGCAAGCCCAUACUUCAAAAGUAUGUUCACCGGGGGGUUAAACGAGAGCAUGCAGGAGAGCGUGGUGAUCCGGGGGGUGGAUGCUGAAUCCAUGUCCGUCAUCAUCGACUACUGCUACACAGGCAGGGUCACCAUCACGGAGAACAACGUGCAGAAGCUGUACGCAGCGUCCAACAUGCUGCAGCUCGAGUACAUCAGGAAAGCUUGCUCCAGUUUCAUGACAAGGAGGCUUGACCUGUCCAACUGUGUGGGGGUCCUAACGUUUGCAGACACCUAUGACAACCCUGAGUUAAAGGAGAAUGCACUAAAUUUCAUUGCCAGGAACUUCAGCCAGGUGUGCAAUGGAGGAGAUCUGUGUGAGCUGGAUCUGGUGCAGUUAAAGGAGCUGUUGUCUCUGAACAUUCUGGAUGUGGACUGUGAGAGGAAAGUGUGCUCAGCUGCUUUGCAAUGGAUAGAGGUCAAUGCACCGCAGAAAAGGGAGGAUGCAAUACAGGCGUUGAAGUGUGUGCGCUGGAACUUGUUUACAGAGAAGGACAAGUGUUACCUGGAGAGCCUCAUGGCGAGGCCUUUGAUAGAGAAAUACCUGUCCUCUUUCUUUGACAGGUCUGCAGAGGACAGCUGUGGCGUGUCUGCCGGUCUUGACCCACCAAAGCACAGGAUAGGUGUAAACGCUAAAGAAAUGAUUCUCUUCUUUGGCCUACCGAACGACAACAUAAUGUGCUGUGACCCUUACUCAGAGGAUCUGUAUUUCAUGGCUCCUCCUUUAAAGGAUCUCAGCAGUCAGGAUUACAAACGUUCCACCAUGGAGUCUCUAAUCGCCUGUGCCACUCCUGAAAACAACUUGUACCUCGCCUCCCACCUCUCUCAACACUUCUGGCUGUACAACCCUGUGCUCAACAGCUGGCAGGAGCUGGCGGAGAGGCCUCUGGGGAGGAUACACUCUGGGAUGGGCUACCUUAAUGGCCAUGUGUACCUCCUUGGUGGAAGAAAUCCAGUGACAGACACAAGGCUGAAGGAGGUGGAGUGUUACAGCGUGCAGAGGAACCAGUGGACGUUUGUGGCUCCUCUUCCUCAUUCUUUGGGUAAAAUGCAGGUGGUGGCACUAAAUGAUCAACUGUAUGUAGUGAACAAGAGGAGAAUGCUGUGCUACGAUCCCAAGAGGAACCGCUGGCGGCACUGUGGCUCACUGAGGAGAGACAAGCUUCACAAGGCCUGCGUCUUUCAGGACCAGAUCGUGUGUGUGUGCGACAUACCUGUAGUGAAAGCAUACAGCCCCGCCAAGGGGGAAUGGAAGAGGCUGGGCGACAUUCCCAUCGACAGCCAUGCUUUGAAUUACCAGGUGAUCCAGCACAACAGCAAGCUGCUCCUCCUGACUCAGACUCUGCUGCAACACAACAAAAACAGAGUCCUUAUCCACGAGUAUGACCAAGCUAGAGACACAUGGAAGAACAUCAUGGCAGUGUACGUGUCCACUCUGGGGCCUGUGUGUGUUUCAACACGCGUGUACCCAGCAUGCCUUGGCUCUGCUCACAGCUUCUCCACAGAGGAGGAUGACGACAGCGGCUCCAGUGCAGACUGGGACUUUGAUGGGUUAACAGACCCGGACUCGGACUCUGGUAGCUCAAGCUCAUUCUCAGAUGAGAACUGGUAGUGAAAUGUGUCAAAGAGAAGUGUGACCUAUUUAUAAUUUAAGUUUAUUUUUCAGGGUUCAAUCUAUCAGGAGAGGUCACAGAUUCAGAUUCAAUUCUGCCCAUGUCUUUUUCUUCAGUGUAGUCAGUCAGUGGCUGAUGAAUUAUGAAUUACAAAAGCAGAGAAGGAGUGGAAUAUUUUCCACAGUGAACAAAAAACUAAUAGGGCUUUUGUCACCAAUCAUUGCCUUGACCUACCAGAAUGAAAGACAGCAUCAUGUCCACUACAGUCUUGUUUACACAAUAACUCAAGACAACAGCAUUGCUUCCCCUCUAGAGUGAAAGAUCUCUACUUUUUCUAAGCACACUGAUUAAGGGGAGUCGAUGUAGAAUACUCCAAAGAUGUAGUUUUAUACAUCCAUGAUAUUGGACAAGCUUUGAGAGAUGGGUUAAGAGACUGAAUCCUACGCUACUUAUAAUGCCUAGCUUUUCAAACUGAGCCUUUGAGUGAUAGAGACUCGAUUAGGGCCAUUUUCUUUGUGCUGACUUGCACUUCCUCAAGCACUCUGUUGUCCACAUCAAUCCCUCUUUCCUAAUAGAAACUGAUUUUGUCAACAUUUGUACCAGUUGUGUUGAAGCUGUGCAGUAGCCUUUAAGACUUAACACUAUGAAAUGAAGUGUUUCUCAUGAAGUAGCUCUUGCUCCUCUAUUUAUUUUGUCUUUCUACAAAUCUCCCUUCCACAUCAUGGCUGAGCCACAAGUAAGAAAUGCUAGUAAAAGAAGGGUGGUAACAAGUUAGCAUAAUGAUAAGCACCCCAAUGAUGUUUGUUGAUGAAUGUGGUGCAAUCAAUAAGAUCAUUAAUUACUGGACUUGAGCUAUCUUUGAUGUCAUUACUGUCACCUGUGCUCUUCUUAUUAGUUGUCGACUGAGCCACCGCAGUCAGUAAGUCUGGACACGCCCCUGAUGCUGGGAUGCCCAAAUAGGGCAACUAACAGUUAUUUUUUUCAUGAUUGAUUAAGUCUAAAUAGUGUCCAAAGCUUAUGAAAAAUGCACAACACAAAUUUCUUGAACCCAAAGUAAUUUCUGUAGUUUUCUCCAAAGUCCAAAGAUCCCUCUUUUACAAAUGUAAAUGACAGAGAGCAACAUUUACAUUUGAGGAGCUGGAACCUGCAAGUGUUAACAUUUUUCUUGAAAUUACUAAACAGUAUUUAUGAACUCUCAAAAUACUUGACAGUUAUCUUUCCACCUACACAUUGACUUUUCUUGGGGAGAUUACCUGAGAAGUUUCCCCCAAAAAAAGACAUUUGGAAAACUGUAGUAGCAACUCCCUUUAAAAGUGAAAUGACUUAAGAAGACUCUGUAAUGCUUGAUGUUUGUGAUGUGUUAAAAAAAAAGAGUCGAGUAAAUGAGCUUGUGAUUGUUUGGAAAGUCGUGUCAGUUCAUCUGACAUACGAGCGUCUCUGGAUUAUGACUUGAAACACGACUGGUCAGUCACAGGGCUUUGAAUAUGCACUGGCCCUUUAUGCACAUCAUGACAUCACACACCGUGGGUGUUGUGAAAAAAGGUGUAAGUAGAGAGGGUGAAGCCAAUGCACUAUGUGCUCACUCAGGUUUCGGCCUCCGAAAGGCCUGAAUGCCAUGCUUGACUUGAUGUAGUGAAAUAUAUUGUGUUUGAUGAAAAAUGAUGAAUUUUAUGAAGUUUAUCUGAAACAUUAGGUGUUAUCUUUUCAUGACCUGAUGAGUUGUUUUUGUUUGGGAACUUUUAUUCUGCAUGUUAUGAGACUGCACCCAUCCCAUUCACUCAGUUACCAGUUUAUGAGCUGUGUUUGAAUACACAGAACACUCAGUGAUUCAAAUGCUCAAAUAUCAGAACCACCUCUCACUAUAUGAUGCAAUAUCACAAACUGCAGCCUCCGAACAGACAGCCUUCAUAAAGAUGAUAUUUAUUAAUGAGCUGUAAAAUAAAAUGAUUUAAACUUUUUGUACCUAUAAACUGGUAAAUGAGUGUUGUUCUCACUGUCUUCUUGCUAUAUGAUGGAUAAUUGAAGUGUUAAAUUAAAUUACUUUGUGUAUGAGAGAAGGGAUAGGGGUGAUUGGUCUGAAUUAUAAAGCUGUUUUGGUGUAAGUGUCAAAUAAACUUCAGUGUCUGAUGCAGAGAA